GACAAAAAAGUUCCCAAAACGGUGUCGUGUGCUACUGUACUGGAGAGUCUCUCACCUUGGAUGUGCUUUUUGACCUCCUCUUCUCUCUCAGUCUCUCUCUCUCUCCAUCCAAAACAAUCCCUUUCUCUCUCAUCUCCUCUCUUCUCUUCUCUCUGUCUUCCUCUAUUCAUUAAACCGCCGGAGCAAAAACCCUUUUCUCACAACCCAAAGAGAAAUGCGGUCCUAAUGCAAUAUUGAUUCAUAGAACAGAUAGAGAAACAUUCCGACGCCGCAAGAGUAUCAAAAAGAGGUAUCUGGAUCUCUGCUUCUUCUCAGAUCUCUCUUUCUCAAGACUCUUUUCAACCAACUUACCUAAUUCUUUUGAAAUCGCCAGUUCUUGGUUGCAUGUUGUGUCUUUAAAGUUUUUUUCUUUUCUUUUCCACUGUUUUAUGUUGGUUGCAGCCUUGCAGGAUUCAAGAAGAGGCAUUCUUUUAUCUAGUGAAAGAGAGUCACUUCAUUGCGAUUUACAAAUUAUAAAAAAGUUUUGAUUUUUAGGUCAUUUUCGAAAGUUCAUUUUUUUUCUGGUGCUUCGUGUGUGUAAUGGAGAGUAAUGAUGACCAAAACUUGGAGGCGAUUAAUGCGUCGGUUGGAAGAUUGGUAUGGGUUCGCCGCCGUAACGGUUCUUGGUGGCCCGGACAGACCUUGGUUCAUGACCAAGUCUCUGACAACUCUUUGGUUUCUCCAAAAGUUGGCACUCCAAUAAAGCUUCUAGGUCGUGAUGAUGUUAGCGUGGAUUGGUAUAUUCUUGAAAAUUCCAAGACGGUGAAGGCGUUUCGUUGUGGAGAGUAUGAUACUUGCAUUGAGAAGGCAAAGGCUGCUGCAGCAGCGAGCUCUGCUAAUAAAAAAGCUGCCAAGUGUACUCGCCGAGAAGAUGCUAUUAACAAUGCUCUCGAGAUUGAGAAUUCACAUCUUGCAAAAGAAGAUCAUCCAGGAGACAAUUUGUGUAGUUCAUCUGGUGAGGAAGAUUCUAAAAGGUGUCUUUCUGGCAAAGAGGAUGAGGAUUUGGGAUCCUCUGAUGCAGGAGAGGCUGAAGAUGAAUUGGAUUCAGUGCCGGAGCAAUUGCAAUCCAGUAUGUCUUCCCAAGAAAUGAAUAAUGUUGGAGUUUCCAAGGUGCAGCCGAGGAGAAGGAGAACACCAAAUGACUCAGAAGAUGAUGGGACUGAAGGAGUCAAGCGAAUGAGAGGGCUUGAGGAUAUUGGGAAAGAACAGGUUGGUGCUAUCAUCGAGCAUAGGCAAGAAAUGGGUUUGAUCUGUGCUGCAGGCCACAGUGAUUCAGUGUCGAAUGGAAAUAUCAUUGCCAAUGGGGACAAGGUAUGCUCCCCGACAUCACUUAAAAGAAAAAGGGCACAAGUUAUAAUUGCUCAUGAGUGCUCUAAAAGAAAAAACCGACGCCGGCAAUUGACAAAGGUGUUAGAGAGUACAGCUAUGGUCUCUGUCCCUGUUACCUGUGACCAGCUCGUCACUUUGGAUAGUCAAGGAAUUUAUGACACCAAAUUAUCGGGAAUGGAGACUGUUGAAUCUAUGAAAAGUGUAUCUGUUGUAAUCAACAAUAACUCAGACAGCACCGGGGUUUCAUGUGAGGAUGCUUAUGAAAAUGUUGUUGGAGCCUCCCAUAACAACAAGGCAAAAGACAGUGAAAUUUCUAGCAUUUCAGUUUCGGCAGAGGAUGAUUCUUCUGACAGAUUAUUUGAUGUUCCGUUAAUUGGAGAAGAAAAACACUCAGAAGCAGCUUGUAGAAUCUCCUCACCAAGGAGAGCUCUUGUUACUGAUUUAACAAGGAGGCGUGGUCUGAGUAGUCAGGAUGUGUUUGUUAAGAAUGAGGGAAGUAAUGGGUAUGCUUCUACAAGUUCACCAGUUUCAGAACCUGUCAACUCUGAUUUGAACGGGGUUGAGAAGAGCACUUCUAAGUGGCAGCUAAAAGGAAAGAGGAAUUCAAGACAGAUGAGUAAGAAGCAAGAAGCGAGAAGAACUGUGUACGGAGAACAAGCUAAUAACAACAGUUCUGUGCCUCACUCUGGGCUGUACGAGGUAAAGAUUGAGGUAAAGGAAAACUAUAAGAAACCCCGUAAUGUUCCGCUGGUGUCUCGUAUGAGUGAAUUGAAUGGCAAAGCUAUUGUUGGGCAUCCUAUAACUGUGGAAAUCUUGGAAGAAGGCUACUGUAACGGUGUGGUGAUGUCUCAAGUUGUUGUGAAGACAAAGUCGUUAUCCAAAAAGAAUGGCAAGAAGAGGAAGUCGCGUGGUGCUUCAUGGAAUACAAAGAAGAAAUCGUCUUCCCAAUCGAUAAAGACAAGGCGGCUCUCUACUCUAACGAGCCAGAGGUUGACGGAAAAAAUCAAGAAGCAGGCAACCGGAAAGGCAAAGGAAACAGUUGUAGCUUGUAUACCGCUGAAAGUAGUUUUUAGUAGGAUAAACCAAGUGCUGAAAGGCUCAGCAAGACAAACGCAACACCGAGCAUUGCCAUCUGCAGUCAAAACGUGAGAAGAGAGAAGAGAGUCUUUUGCCUGGCUUUUACAUUCUUUUGUUUUCCCGUCAUCGAAUCUGCCUGAGUUUUGAUGCAUUAACUGAGAUGAAAAUAGGCCUGCUUUAGGAGAAGCUUGAUAGGUUUUGCUGUUUUGGGUUUAAAGAGAGACUUUUGUAGCCGUGCAGAGACAGAUAAGCUGUGACUCUGAGUGAGCAAAUGUAAAUAUAUCAGUAGUUAGUUAGUGGUUGAGAUGUAAAACGGGCUUCAGAUUAGGUUGAAGGGAUGAGAUUGCUGCUUAAUUAGAAAGAAUUGCUUGUUUCAGGUAACUCAAAUUGUUUGUUUUUUUCUUUGUACUCUUAGAUUCUCUUGUCAAGAAAAGAAGAUUGUCUUUUCUUUUCUUGCUCUGUGUUUGUAAUUUUGUUUCAGAAAGUUCACCAAAUCUUUGAACCCUUAAAAGACCUGACUAGGGCAAACUCUUAAUAAAAGUGUGGUGACGACGUUCAGACUU